CACACGUCAUGAAACGUCAUCACGUCACGUCGCGGCGCUCCCCGCAGUCUCAGGCUGCAGACAGUGACCGCGUCAGUCUGCUGAUCUCUGCAGGGGCAGUUUAGAGGACGAGAAGGCCGCCAUGGUGCUGAACCCUGUCAUUUCCAAGCUCGCCGGUAAGCUGGUCGUGCUGGCCAGUGCUUCUCCUCGGAGGCUGGAGAUUCUCCGUAACGCGGGCUUACGGUUCGAGGUGGUGCCGUCCUGGUUCAAAGAAACUCUCGACAAGAGCCUUUUCAAAGCGCCUCACGAGUACGCCGUGGAGACAGCCAAACAGAAAGCCCUGGAGGUGGCCAGGAGGAUGCCCUUUAAACACCUGAAGACUCCAGACAUAGUAAUCGGAGCAGACACUAUAGUGGCCGUGGACGGCAUGAUUCUGGAGAAGCCAGUAGAUAAACAUGACGCUUACAGGAUGCUGUCAAGCCUGAGUGGAAAAUCGCACAGUGUCUUCACUGGCGUGGCUAUCGUCCUCUGCCACGAGAAAGAAAAUGACGAGGUGGAUUACCAGUUGUUUGACUUCUACGAAGAAACAAAGGUGAAGUUUGCUGAUCUCUCAGAGAACAUGCUGUGGGAGUACAUCAAUAGCGGUGAACCCAUGGACAAGGCCGGUGGCUACGGUAUCCAGGCUCUGGGAGGCAUGCUUGUCGAAUACGUUCAUGGAGACUUCCUCAAUGUUGUGGGUUUCCCUCUCAACCACUUCUGCAAACAACUGGACCUGAUUUACAACCAUGGCGCUUUUUCCUCAGAACAGGAAACUUCACCUGGCAGCGCGAGCCACAACGGCACGCACGCCUCACCAACGAUACUAACCCAGUCCUCGCCCAACGCGCCGGCUCAGUCCAGCCACAGUAACGGCUCCUCAGCCAAACACAACCCGUCUGCCAGCCAAACACACCACACCCAGAGCAGCCCCUCAGCCAGUCCCGUCCAUAAGGUGAAAAAGAACGGCGGUGAAAGUAAAGUGGGUGAAAGUUCUUGGACGCUGGUCAACAGCCUGUCUAAACAUACGGACGACAGACAGGCUGAGGUCAUAGACUCUAAGAACGCAGCGUUACUGAUGACCAGCAGAGGGCCGGCGAUGGAGCUCAAUGUGACAGAACACAAGGGCGGUGAGCCCAGAAAAGAGGACCUGCAGCGAAUCACUGAACUGAUGGACGGAUUCAAAGCCUCAAAGGCGCUAUUUACGGCAUCCAAGAUGUGUGUGUUUGACCUGCUGCAAAGCAGACCGGGGCUGAACGCAGCGCAGGUGGCUGAGGAGAUCAAAGCCUCUGUGAAGGGGACCGAAUGCCUGCUGGAAGCCUGCGUGUCUCUGGGACUGCUGAAGAGCAAAGAGAGGAAAUGCCAGAAGCCGGUGUACGAGAACGCGGGUCUGGCGUCGCGUUUUCUGCUGUCGGACGCUCCGUUUUCGCUGCAGGGCUACAUUCAGCACUGUGACAAAACAGUGUGGCCUCUUUUCUCCCACCUCGAGGACGCCGUGCGGGAGGGAAGCAACCAGCACGAGAAGGCUUUCGGCAAGAAAUCAAAGGACGUGUUUCAGGACACCUUCUACAACAGUCUAGACGUCAAACUGAGAUUCAUGAACGCCAUGCACAGCAUCGCUAAAGUCACAGGAACAGCUGUCGCGACGGCCUUUGACCUCUCCAGCUUUAAAACUGCGUGUGACCUCGGAGGAUGCACCGGUGCCAUGGCCUACGAGUUCACAAAAUCCUAUCCUGGGUUGUCUGUGACAGUGUUCGACUUGCCGGCUGUUGUCGAGAUGAGCGAACACUUCCAUCCUCUGCGCACAGACAACAGGGUGUCGUUUGUAGCAGGAGACUUCUUUAAAGAUGACUUGCCCAAAGCGGACUUGUACAUCCUGGCGAGAAUUCUCCACGACUGGCCCGAUGAGAAGGUGCAUGUUCUGCUGAGUAAAGUCGCGGAUGCGUGCACACCAGGCUCCUGACGCCUCCCAGAGGAGCCGCGGAGGAGGAGAGGAAUUCCACUGGAUUCAAAGACUUCUCCGGGUUUCUUUUGACUCUUCCCGCCUGCCUUGCCUUCCCUCAGCUCCUCGUGUUGACCUGCUCCUCGUGAUCCCCUGCCAAACCAUCUUCCUGGCCUGGGGGACUGCGGCCGUUAUGUGUAAGCAUACACAUUACACGAGGAGGGUGGGGGGUUUAUUCUAGACAAGUUCCACUAGUAGGUUCCUCUGCACGUCCAAGCCUUUGAUUCGGUGAACGAGGAGAAUAAACUUUGGCCUGAUUCAUUGGCCGUUUUUUCAUCGGGCCUUGUUGAUGGAGCCGUAGAUAAGUUGCCAGGUUUCUUACAAAAACUGCAGCCGUGAGUUUAUUCUUAUAUAUUCCAUUGAAAAAUUCAUUGCAGGCAGUCUUCAAAAGAGUGGGGCAUUAUAUCUAAAGGACUUUCACCGUAAUGAAAAAUGAAAAGUGUGUGUUUUCUCAGUGCCGUCUGGUUUCAAUCAUGGCAAUAUCCUAAACAUGACCAGUUUCUUGAAUCAGCUACCCUCAGCUUGCCUCCCAGACGUUAGGCACUCAUUAUUCCAGUCAGGCCUCUCCGACAGCUACACAAAGUCCAACCUUUCCACCAGUAAAGCCCGGAUAGAAGUCAGCCAGUCUCUUCGGCACUUCAGAAUCACUUUGCAAUUGCUGUUUCCAUUGUUGUUGAUGGUCCGGUCAUUAUUAUGCAAGGAUACGUAACCAGGUUAGUAAGAUGUCUGUAAAUUCACACACAUCUAAUAUCUAGCUGUUAAGAGUAGUCAUCAAACAGAAGAAUGGAUGUAAUUCAGCCCUUAUGCACUGAUUAUACCUGGAUUAGCCCAUAUUUAAGAGGUCUAUUCGAGUCUGUGAAUAAUAAGGCAGUGAUCUGACUUUAAAGAGAUCCCCUCCUGCUUUUAUUAUUGCAUUAUUACUCUAUAAUUCCCGCGCCUGUAUUGGCGAGUUGGCAGCAGAUGUGUAGAACAGGAUACAGUGACCUAUAAAUGUGUCGGAGUAAAGAAUAUUGGGUCACACUUUAUUUGAAACGUCCGAGAGGGUUUAUAGUGUAUUUGUAACAUUUCAAGCUCUUACACUUCGCCUGUAGACGUUUAACAGAUUAUCCGCAGAGUUUAUUUGACAAUUUAUGAACACGCCAUAACUAAGAAGUUUCCGUUUGCCUAAACCUGAUCAAACCAUGACCACGAUCGGAAAGUGGACGCUGAAUCUCGACUAAUAAGCUGCUGAGAUGUUACAAACUCUGUCUCACUGAGCAUCUACCUGAAGUUUCGACAGCCUUAAUGUAAAUGCUGAGGUGUUUCAUACAGCUGUGUUUGUGCGCCUGUGCAUGUAU